AUGUCGAGGCACCCGCAAGAUAUCAACAGAUCUACUCAUUUGUGCCUUCUGCCGGUGCGCAGCGACACUGGAGGCCUCGACGCCGCUACCAAGAGAUCGAGCGCUUGUAUCAGUGCUGCUGAAUUCAAGGAGAUUCAGGAGGCAUGGAAGGCACGCAAGAAGGAGGAAGAUCAGCAGCAAGAAGCCGCAGAGGAAGCAGGCUGGCAGCGUCAUGCCCAAGCCGUGGCGUCUGCCCGUACCCAGGUUCAGAACGGGGGACCUGACGGAGGCGACGCCGGGCAACCGCUGUCAUCGUACCCGGCAAGCCGGCAAGUACAGGGGCUGCCUAUUGGGUACCAGGCCGCUACGGACCUAUCAAACGUAGGCUACCGUGGGGCUAGGGAGGUGCGCUGUCGCAGGGGCCACUAG